ACAAGUGUGAAGAGUGCAAACUUAGAGUGGAGUAUGUAUUCUGGCCACAUCCACCAUCAACAAUGACAUCAGAAAAAGGUUUUUCACGGAAUGUAUCAGACGUGGAAGCAAGAAAUUCAAAUAAUCCCGAGGUUGUACCUGGGCAUGACAGAAAUGUAAAUAAUGGACGUGAUGUAAUCUUGGGCUUAAUCAUCAUUGGCUUGUUUGGCAUAGUUAUCUGGUGCAUCAUGAAAAUCGCCAUGCUGCUCAUCGGGAGUUUAAUAUUUCUUAUGACAAAGGUGGUGAUAAAGAUGGUAAACCAGAUGGUAUCGGAUUCUGUUGAAGAUUGGGUUGUAAAGGCUCUAUUUUACAUUUUUGUUCAUUUUCUCUUUGGACGAUGCAAUAAUGUGCAUGGAUUAUAGAGACCCAGAGGAAGGAGAAGACG